AUGCUGAGAGUUCAGCAGGAGGAGAGCACUUCGGACCAAAGUCACUCAGUCAUUCUUCGCCUACAGUUAGAGCCUUGUGAAGACCAAAUUUUCCGCAAAAAGAAAAAUUCUUCACUCAUAUCGUUCAGUCGUGGUGUUCGCGUCCCAAAGCAUAUAGAUCUGAAACGGAGAAGCACUGGUUAUGUCGAGAUGAGCCUCACAGAGUCAAAAGUAUUCCAAACAGGUGCUUGUCAUCAAAGCAGAAGCCAUCAAUCUGGGGUACUUUUUUGGAAUCGAGCGCAUUUCUGUAUUCACUGGCCUUUCAACUCCACCAAGCGGAUGGAAAACAUUCGCGUUGCGUUUCAGCAUGAUCUACGAACAUUGUUGAUCUGUUUUACAAUGGCUAAUCCAUUCAGUAAAUGGAAAGCAGAUCUGUACAAGCUGCAAAUACGUUACAGCGAACUGAGAGAAUUUGUUUUGGUGGACAAACGGAGCUCAUCUUCGUCUCAAGAGGUAAUAAUCUCCCUGAGGCAUCCUCCACGCAUCUAUAGAGCGAAGAAUUUAAUCAAGAAAGAGCAGGAUGACGAAGAAAACGACUUUGAAGAUUGGUACUUCGAUGAGAACGACUACGACUUCGAUUUUGACGACGAUCGUGGCUUCUCCAGCGAGUACUCGAGCGAUCCCGAAGAUGAUCAAACGACUUCCGGAGUCAACCGCAGUAGUGCCGAAAGUACUCAAGUGAAGUCCGAAGAUGAUACUGAAGCUCUUUUGACGAGUUCGGAUCUCGCGCGAAUUGACGACGUGGUGAAUUGGGAGCGUGUUACAGAAAUCGGAGACAGCGGGGAAGCUUUUGGUUUGUGCUUCGCCUACAACUUUACCUUUAAGGCGAGUGAAUGGCAACAUGUCAAAGAGGUACUUAAAAGCAUUGCUAGAUAUGACAAGAAGUCGUUCUUUGUUUCUAUGCGCAAAUCUGUGAGACGAUUACCAGAGGUGAACAUUUCCAAGGAGUUACCUUUUGUCGUCAAAUACGCCGCGCAAUGUGUUCUGAGUUCCUUCCCAUUCGCCAGGGGUAGAAUCACGACCAAGUUCGCCACUUUGCUUAGAAGUAAACCUGAAAAAACAACAUUGUCUGCCUUGGAAAUACUUGGCACGGCUCUCCAUCAGAAUUUAUUCUGCGAUCCAGAGGCCCAACUCGAAGCCUUGCUCAACCAAACAAAUUUGAAUCUAGGGGGAUUCCCAAAGCAACUGCUACCCGAUCAGUGCGCCAUGAUAAAACGGAUGGUGAUUACACCCACAAGAAUCCUUUACUACACACCAGAGAUCAUGUCCAAAAUCGUGUCCUUCGCAAUUACAACACAAACCAGUUUUUGUGUGUGA